AAGAUAUGUAAGUGAGUAAGGUGCUUACAUAGGUAGAUGUGUAAGUUGCACAUCGGAAGUUAAAAGUGAUAUACUUUCUUCAACUUUUGUUUAUUGUACACUUAACAUGUACUAAUCACUCGCCCUGAAGUCCUUUGUGUGUGUGAGUCUCGGAUCAAGUCAUCAUCACCAUUACCUCCCCAUACCCAUAUCCAUAUCCAUAUCCAUAUCCAUAUCAUAGCCAUCUCUCCAUGACAUCUAGUAUCUAGAUAGUACAUAACCUACCUACCCACCUAGUCCAUCUAGUUACAUACCAUCAAAUAAGUCACACAUAAAAACCCCCAACAUGGCCCCUUCGGCAAUCACAGAAGACUCAUCGAGCUAUUCCUCGGCCCUGUCCACACACCACGACGAGUUCGCCAUCCAAGCUGGCGUGUCCGAGCUCCAGGGCUACGACCAUGUCACCUGGUGGGUGGGCAACGCGAAGCAGGCCGCCUCGUAUUACAACACGCUGCUCGGCUUCACGACGAUAGCGUAUCGCGGCCUGGAGACGGGCAGCCGCUUCUUCACGUCGUACGUCGUGGCCAACGGCGCCGUCCGCUUCGUCUUCACCUCGCCCAUCCGCUCCUUCGCCCACCUGCCCAAGGAUGAGCCCAUAUCGGACGCCGAGCUCGUGCUGCUCAAGGAGAUGCACGAUCACCUCGAGAGGCACGGCGACGCCGUCAAGGACGUCGCCUUCGAGGUCGACAGCGUCGAGGGCGUGUACAACCGCGCCGUCUCACAGGGCGCCUCUUCUGUACAGCCCCCGCAAGUCCUCCACGACAAGAAACACGGCGACGUCCAAACGGCCGUGAUCCGCACGUAUGGAGACACCACACACACCCUGAUCUCGCGGCACGGGUACACCGGCCCCUUCAUGCCCGGUUUCCAGCCGCGCUCACCACCCCCCUCAAGCGUCUCUCUCCCAUCCGUAGAGCUAGUGAGCAUCGACCACUGUGUGGGUAACCAGUCGUGGGGAGAGAUGGUAGCAGCCUGCGAGUUCUACGAGCGGUGCUUGGCCUUCCACCGGUUCUGGUCCGUCGACGACAAGCAGAUCUGCACCGAGUUCAGCGCGCUCAGCAGCAUCGUGAUGAGCAACGCCACCGACACCGUCAAGAUGCCCAUCAACGAGCCCGCCCUCGGCAAGAAGAAGUCGCAGAUCGAGGAGUUCGUCAUCUUCAACUCCGGACCCGGAGUACAGCACGUCGCCCUGCUCACCCACGACAUCAUCGCCGCCGUCUCCGCCAUGCGCGCCCGCGGCGUCGAGUUCAUCUCGGUCCCCGACACCUACUACGAGACGCUUCGCGAGCGCCUCCAAAACAACAUCAGCGAGGACGGCAGCAAGAAGCCCCGCCGCACCUGGGAGCUCCAGGAGGACUUCGCGACGCUGCAGCGGCUGCACAUCCUCGUCGACUACGACGACCGCGGCUACCUCCUCCAGCUCUUCACCAAGCCCCUCAUGGACCGCCCCACCGUCUUCGUCGAGAUCAUCCAGCGCCACGGCUUCGACGGCUUCGGCGCCGGCAACUUCAAGAGCCUGUUCGAGGCCAUCGAGCGCGAGCAGGCUGAGCGCGGGAACUUGUAAAUCGAUUUUAUGAAUUUUGGUGGGGAAGAGAAGGAAGGAAGCGGAGGAGAGAAGGAAGAAGGUGGCGAUGGCGAUGGCGAUGGAAGAGCAUAGCAUGGAAUGUAUAUGAUAGGUACCUACUGAAUACCCCUUGGUUUUGGGGUGUUUGAGAGAUUAUUUUGAUUUAUUAACUUACCAUUUAACUACCCCUUAACGAGCCCACGACGCAAAGCACACAGCAAAGCGCGGCGAAGAUUGAUUGCUUGGUUUGAUUCUGUGGUUGUCA